GCGGGGAGUCGGAGGCGCAGAGGCAGGCAGGAGCCGGGCAACCGCGCGCCCCUCAUGGCCGGGCUGCCGCUGGGCUGCGAGAGCCGCCGGAGGGUGAGCCCGGGCGCGGAGCCGCCCCGCGCCCGCCUGGCGUUCACCAUUGACAGCAUCUUGAAGCGCAAGUCUCGCGGCGGCGCGGACUCGGCCAGGAGCCCCAGGCUGCGGCGGGACCCGGGCAGAGCCCGCUGCUCCCGGCUGGACCCGGAGGAGCAGGAGGAGGGGCCUUUGGGACAGCAGCCCAGUGCACGCUACAGAAACCCGGGAAAGGAGACCUGCCGGCUGGCAGCGGACGGGGCGGCAGGACGGGGCCUCGGGCCCGGCGGUGAAACCGGAGGAGGAGGCGCGGGCUGCCCGCUGCCCGAGGGCUUGCCCCGCAGCCGCGACCCCUCGCCCCGGGAAGGAGGAGCAGCCGGGGCCCACGGGGGCUGCAGCAAGAAAAGCAGCAAGGUACUGGCGGGGGCCAGCAAGAAGAAGACCCGCACCAUCUUCUCCAAGAGCCAGGUCUUCCAGCUGGAGUCCGCCUUCGACAGGAAGCGCUACCUGAGCGGCGCCGAGCGAGCCGGCCUGGCCAGCGCCCUGCAGCUCUCCGAGACCCAGGUGAAGAUCUGGUUCCAGAACCGCAGGAAUAAGCUUAAGAGACAAAUGUCUGCGGACCUGGAGGGCCCCGCUCCGGGCCAGGCAGAGCCGCCUGGGGAACUGCUACCCCAGGGGACGGCACCUGCGGCUUCGCUCGCCUUCCCCGCCCUGUCCAAAGGCAGCACUUUCCUCCGUCGUUGUUUGCUGCCGCUGUCCUUCCCCCUGCUCUAUCCGGGCAGCGCCGCCCCUUACCUGUGUUUCCCAAAUCCGGGCAAAUAUUUCAGCCUUGUGGAUGGGGAUGUAUAACCUCCCGUCCUCCUGCCCCCCACCCCCCCCCGCACCUGCAGCCGAACGGCCUUGUUCCAGUUAUCGGUCUGCAUCUUCUGCCAGUGUUAUCUAUAGCCACAGCAUGUCCGUAGGAUCCCUUCACCCCGCUCUCUGGUGUAUCUUCCUGCAUUUGUUUCAACCCGUAACUUAUUAAAAGGACGCGACAAAAACAAAGUCCCGGGCAAAGCUGCUGCUUUUAACCAGGGAUCCAUUUAACUUGGAACUCGGCACUCUCCCCGUAGGCACCUUUCUCACACACUGUGCAUCUGCGAAGGGGGUGGAGACCCACCUUGCUCUAUCAACGCUUAAUAAAAGAGAAACGCUGUCGUUCAAAUGUUACCCAAAGAUAUACAAACACUCACCAAACUAUACCAAUAAAAAUAUAAAUCCAAGCAACAAUUAGCUGUGUUUGAUCACACGCUGGCUUUCUCUUUCAGUUGAAAGGAUAAUGUGUCUCUAAAAUAUUGUCAACGCUUAAAGGGUAUUUUUACAAAGGUCUUUUUUACAAUUCCAAUUUUUCUUGUUAGUAGAGAUACAGUUGUUGAGAACCAAAGAAAAUGGGACAUGAAUUCUGGAGGCCAUUCAUUUGCUAUAUAUCUAUACCUAUCUAUAUCUAUAUGUCUCAGUAGCAAAUGCUAUGUCCUGUAUCACAC